UGCUUAUUUACUUUUAUUGUAAACUUUUUGUAUUGCUCUCGCAACCUGCUUCAUUUCUCAUUUCUCAUUUAUCUAUAUAAAAUAAUAUUUUUCACUCCCUCAUUCCCCCUUCAGCAGCGCGUUUAUUUAUUCACCUACUAGCCACAAAUUCAGCAUUACUCUUUUUUCUUUAAAAUGAGCGGAUCUGUUGUAUAUGCAUCUCAAAUUUCCAACAAAAAACUAUGCAAACCCUUUAUCAUCAGCACGGCCAACGCACUCAAACGACCUAUUGCUCGCCCGUUGGGCACGACGUCCAAGCGGCUGCGGAUCCGCAGCAACAACGACGACGACGACGACGAUGAUGCAGAGAAGCGGGAGGACGCCAUCUUGCUUCCAGGAGUUAACUACAAUGGCAUGUCGAAGAGUGUGUUUAAACCGUUUAGACCGCCCACCAAAAUAAGAAAGGAUGGUGACGAGGAAGACGCAGAUGAAGCGAUAGCUGACCAGAGCAGCGCAGAUGGCAAGCUUGCUUUUCGGCCGUUAGGCAUGCGUCGCCGGCUGAAUAUCAUCCGUGGACCGCGGUACAACCCUGAUACAGAUGACGCUGUCGUGCUGUUCCGUCCCGAGGAUGUACUAUCACCCGUGCCGCCAUCGCCAUCGUCUACAAGCUCUGGGACUGCGCAGGCAGUGGUUCCUGUGGCCAGCAAAAAGAGGACACUGAAGGAGAUCCUGGGCUGUGGCGGCUCCAGCGGUCCCGAGGAAGGCAAGCUGGUUGCUGUUGUCGUCGACCCUGUGCUCGGGCGCAAGCUGCGUCCACAUCAGGUCGAUGGCGUCAAGUUUCUGUACAACUGCAUCACUGGGUCCAUAUACCCCAACGCGUUUGGCUGCAUCAUGGCUGACGAGAUGGGACUGGGCAAGACGCUGCAGUGCAUCGCUCUGCUCUGGACGCUACUCCAGCAGUCACCCAUAGCGGGAAAGCCCAUCAUUGAGAAGUGCAUUGUGGCGUGCCCCUCGAGCCUCUGGCUUGGAUCCACAAAAAUCUCGCCCUUGGCCUGCGACAACAAGGGCACAAAGGACAAGGUCACCGCCAGUCUGCGCGCGUUCAUGUCUGCCAGGGGUCGCCGCGUCAUUCACCCGGUGCUGAUCAUUUCGUACGAGUCGCUACGCAUAUACAAGGACAUUCUGAGCGCCUCGCCAAUCGGCUUGCUGAUGUGUGACGAGGGCCAUCGGCUGAAGAACUCCGAUUCACAGACCUUCCAGGCGCUUAACGAGCUGCAGAUCCAGAGGCGCAUCAUUCUUUCGGGAACACCCAUUCAGAAUGACCUGUCGGAAUACUUUUCGCUGUUGAACUUUACCAAUCCUGGCCUGCUAGGCGACACACAAGAGUUCCGUAAAAAGUACGAGAUUCCGAUUAUGCAUGGCCGCGACUCCAUGGCUACUGAGGCUGAGCAGAGGCGGGGUGACGAGGUUCUUUCCCAGCUCAACGCCAUUGCCAGCCGCGUCAUCAUCCGGCGUACGAACAACCUACUGUCCAAGUACCUGCCCAUCAAGUACGAGCACGUUGUUUUCUGCCCUCUGACGGAACUCCAGACCGAUCUGUACGAGCUGUUUCUCAAGUCCAAGGAUGCCAAGGCGGCGAUCGGCGAGGGCGGCAAGUGCUCGCUGCAGACUAUCAUCAGCCUAGGCAAGCUGUGCAACCACCCGAGCCUUCUCGACAUUCGUGCCUCUGUCGACGGAUACGAAAAGAGGCGCGCACCGGUCAGCUACGCUGCGUCGGACUCGCGCUCUGCGGGCGACCGGCCAUUCCAUCCGAAGUGGUCGAGCAAGAUGGCCAUGCUCGACCGCAUGCUGCAGCAGAUCCACAAGGGCAAAGAGAAAGACAAGAUUGUUCUGAUUUCAAACUACACCCAGACUCUGGAUCUGUUUGAGGGGCUCUGCCAGGCACGCAACUUUGGCCACUACCGCUUGGACGGCACUAUGACGAUCAGCAAGCGACAGACCAUUGUGGACCGCUUUAACGACCCGUCAGACCCGGCAUUUGUUUUUCUCUUAAGCUCAAAGGCCGGUGGCUGCGGUAUUAACUUGGUUGGCGCUAACCGCCUGGUUCUCUUUGACAGCAGCUUCAACCCCGCCGAGAACCUGCAGGCCUGCGGCCGCAUCUGGCGCGACGGCCAGAAAAAGCCCUGCUACAUUUAUACGUUUGUGACGACGGGCACAGUGGAGGAAAAGAUCUUUCAGAGACAAUCGUAUAAGACCUCCUUGUCCACUUGCGUGAUUGACGAGCAGGAGAAUGUCGAGAGGCACUUUUCGAGGCAAGAGAUGAAGCAGCUGUUCCAGGCCAAGUUGAGAGGCACGACCGCAUGCGAGACGCACGACCAAUUCAAGUGCAGGAGGUGCGUCAAGGGCCAUCAAGCGAUAAAGGCCACCGAGCCGAUGGAUUUCGCCGACCACAACUCGUGGGACCAUUUUAGCUUUAACGACUGUCACAAGUUGCAGGACCAGCUGCUGAAGAGCUGCAUGGGCAAGGACGUGUCUUUUGUGUUUCAGUACAAGAGUCAUUGAAUGUUUUACUAUUUAAUUACGACAAUACUUAUAUUUUUAUAAUAUGCCUCUCAUACCCCC